UCAAAAAAAGACAUCUUGCAAAAAUUUGAAGAGUGGUUUCAUCAGAAGCAUGGAGCAAUAAACAUUAGACAUUUAUACAUGGGAGAUGUCUGCUCAAGUACAGAAAAUUUGACAAAAGGGACAAGAGUUAUUGUUUCCGUUAUUGAGAGUGAGACAGCUAUUGAAAAUGAAAAAUACCAAUGCGAUGGAGAAAAAUUUGCUGUCGUUUAUAAACUUUGGAAGGAAAAUACUGUGUCGGAUGAAACGGAUGAAAAUGAAGUUUAUGGUCAUGAAAAGAUAAAAGAAAUCACCAAGUACCUGAAAGAAAAUGCAGAUUCAAUAAUGAAAAAACACUCAAACCUUGAAAUGAUCCGUGCAUCGGGAUUUCGAAUAAAGCGGAACAAAGCAAAGAAGAAAAAGGCUGUUUCUGAACCUUGUAUAGCCAUAUAUUGUUCCUAUAAAGGCGUUGUUCCCGUCGGUGAAGAAGAAUUUCCUACAGAAUUAGAUGGAUUCGCUACGGAUAUAAGGGAGGGUUGUUUUCAUUUGCAUGGCAACUAUGAUAUUUGUGCAAACUCAAAAGAUCAGCUUGAUCCCCUAAGAAUGGGCGCAAGCAUAUCACGUGAAAGUGGCGGAGAUGGACAUGGAACACUUGGUGGAUUCGUCCAGUUGAAUGAUGGUGAAAUUGGAUUCAUAACAUGUGCCCAUGUUUUGCAUUCGGUAGAUGAAAUGUUGAGAAAUGCAUCUAAUUUGCAAUAUCCUGUUGUUCAGCCAUCCGUAUGGUACGAAGGGUCACAAAGAUGUGGUAAUGUUUUUAAGUCAGUUUUUCCUUCCUCUGCCAUUGUAGACGGAGUUAGUGUUGAUGCAGCAGUUGUCAAAUUGACAAAUCGGAUUCCAAAGAAAGCAUUACUCGCAGAUCUGACGACGGCAAGAUUGAAAAGACUCGGAUUCUCUAGAAGUUUACUUCCAAAGUUUUGUUGUGGUAAAAUACGUUCUGGGGAAGAAUCACAAGAUCAUUCGAAUGAAGGAGUCUUGAAAUGUGGAAUGGUAUCAGGAUUAACCCUUGGAAAAUUGGUAGAAGGGGAAAUAUUUGCCAGAUACCGAAAUAUCGCACUCUCCGAUGAUCAACAACGCGUUUCAACCACUUAUAUGUCACAACUUGUCAUACGUGGAAUACAAAAUGUGCCCUUUUCUGAAAAGGGGGAUUCCGGGGCUCUAGUAUUUCAGUAUAGCGAUCUCAAUGAUUUGAAAUGUAUAGGUAUGAUUGUUGGUGGUGGUGGGGGUUUAUCUAUUGCCACUCCAAUUACAUCUGUUCUUGAAGCGUUGAGUGUGACCCUCAUGGAUUUUUAGUUCAACGAAAAUUUAAAAAACUGGAAAAAAUACUGCAAUUUUUC